CGUUCAUUCCUUCCCACCACAGACAUCAUAACACAGUAGUCCUCUUCGUCAUGAACGAUCCCUCAUUCCACUGCGUCCAAAUGAACCUAAGGCCCACAAGGCUGCUGAUUCCCCAACACCUUCAGUGUCUCAUUCUUUUCCCUCCCUUCUCUCAGACUGACGGUCAUCAGUCCUCGUUUGGAAACUUAGCUGGUGGUGGUGAUCCGAUGGCGCAGGUAGGUGGAUCAUUCCGCACGAGAUACGAGGCGCCUGUGGGAGAGAACCUUUUCCCUUUGGCACGGCACGCGCUGAACUGCAACUACCUACUACAGUGUCACUGGCAUUGUGGAACCUGGAUGCCUUAAUGAUGUGCUAUGGAGUGGAACCGCUGCCUUCGAGACCAUCUGUUUCGAGACCACGGUAAUAAAUGCAAGCAACUUUUUGCAGAAAUGGAGUCACUUGACCGAGAAAGACGGAGAAGAAAGAGAGGAUAUGUCGCUAACCUUCCCAUGAAUGAGUCUGUGGUUUACUGUUAAAUAUAUGCUACUAUGUCUCUCAGUUCUUCAGUGUUACGGUGGGAGAGGAGAGGAGAGAGAGAGAGAGAGAGGAUGUUGGCCGCCGACAAGAUGUCGGAUUUGGUGUCAUCGCUGAAACCUGACGGGGUGUCAUCGAGAGAUUCGCCCGACCUAGCAUAGGAAUGGUGGCAUAGUUUGCCUGCUUUCGUUACAUGUAUAUUUAUCUUGGAUUCCUUUGACUCCACUCGUCCCCGUCGCUCUCCCAAGUUUGCUGCUUCGACGUCGUCGCCGCGAGAGGUGUUGGGGCGGUGACGGAUGAUGGAGGAGCUCCACCACCAGUUCUCGCACGUCAUGCCGCCACCCCCGGUGCCGCAGCAGCAGGGCGGCCAGCGCGGGUGCCUCCUCCCCUCGUCGCCGGGAGAUGGUGGCGCAGGAGAGGAGGAGGAGGCAUCGGCGGCGGGGGAGACGGAGAGGGCCAGGUGCAAGGCGAAGAUUGUGGGGCACCCCUUGUUCGAGCAGCUGCUGUCGGCCCACGUGGCGUGCCUGCGGAUCGCCACGCCGGUAGACCAGCUGCCGAGGAUCGAGGCCCAGCUCUCCCAGUCUCACCACGUCGUCGCCAAGUACACGGCCGCCGCCGCCUCCUCCGCCGGUGCUAACCCAGACAACAGGGAACUCCAUCAAUUCAUGGCAAACUAUGUGUUGUUGCUCUGUUCCUUCAAGGAGCAACUACAGCAGCAUGUUCGUGUCCACGCAAUGGAUGCGGUGAUGGCCUGUUGGGAGCUUGAGCAGAACCUUCAAAGCUUGACCGGUGAUCAGCAGCUCUGGAACUCCUCUGGUAUGCAGCAAGGAAGAGAGGAUGUGCUAUCAGAAUCUCAUGAUGUCCAAAACCAUCAAUUAUCUUAUUCCUCAGAAGGUACAGACAGCACUACAGCAAGAUCUCUAGCAAUUCAAAGACUGUUCCGAAAUUGGUUGGUCAUGUUACGCAGUCAUACAUCUAAUCAUACGAUGGAUGACAAUGUUAGUGGAACAGCAGUCCAGUCUGUUUCAUCUGAAAGCCAACAUGGAACAAUGGGAAGACAGGCAGCUAAAGUUUUGAAGACUGCACUAGUGUACUUCUUGGGACUUGAUGCUGCUGUAUCUAUCCCACUUGUGAUAUUCAUUCCUUGGUAUCUGACGGUCAAGAUGGUCUAUGGAGCCGAAGUGACGAAGGAAUUGAUGCCUUUAUGGAUAUUUGGGCCACUUAUAUUUGCUCUCUACAUAAAGAUCAUUCAAGGGCUAUGUUCUCUAUAUGUUUUCGUCUUCAUGCAGGCUGUUAGGCUGAUAAAGAAUCUGCCUAGGUAUUCUCUGUUGGUCUAUAAUUUCAUAGCCGAAGGAAAGCUUAGAGCAUAUCUAUGGGACCAUUUCGUGAAGCCUAUUGUCGACAUCAAGAACAUGGAUUAUGGAGCUUUCUCCAGAAGAAAGUACAAACAAUUUGUGACAUGGGCUGUCGAGAAGUACCUCGAUUACGUUGAAUCAAUAUGGCCGUACUAUUGCAGAACCAUCCGCUUUCUGAAGAAAGCACAUCUCAUCUAGCUGAGUUUCCAUGCAACUCCCGGAGAAGCACAUGGUUUUUGGAUUGCCAAAGGAUUCUUUCGACUGGUUUGUGUAAGAGAGAUUCAAGUUUUGGCGAUUGAACCUGAGGUUACUUCACCUGAGAACGUGAGAUCGGAUCAGGAAUUUAUGUACCAUUCAUGAUUUUACUUCUUCAUCGUGUUAACUAAUAGUUACAUAGUUUAUUUUAUCUUUGUUCUCUUACUCUCUUGAAAAAAGAAAAAAAAAAGAGUUCAUCUAUAAAAACACAUGAAUGACCUCUUUUUAGA